GCUCCAUCGGGUUCUCUCCGUUGUCCGGUCGCUUCAUCACCCAAACACGAUGAGUCUGAUGUGCGCCCUACCCGGAAAACACAAGAGACGCAACCGUCGUCGCUCCGUCGACCAGAUCCCGUCCAACAAAUCGCAAAAGAAACAACCUCGGCAUUCAUGUAGUAGCAAUGACAGCGGUAUUCUACUGGAGAGAUCUCGCAACACGAGCGAGCGUCAACUCCGCCGUCUGUCGUCCCUCUCGACCUACUCUGCCCUCCGCAAGUUGGUCGUCUUGCAGGGAUUCCGGGCGGCAACGAGAGACGAAUUGGACGUGACGCGCGGCGAGGUGCUCAACGUGCUCGAACAGACGGACGACUGCGACUGGGUUCUAGUCGAGAAUGUGAGAGAACAACAGGGAUAUGUACCCAUCAGUUACUGCGUGCCUCUCGUCAUGUGGGAGACACUAGAUGAGGAUGAGAGCAACAGUGACUCUGAGGAUGACGGUCACAUCACUGUACCAUCUCCAUCUCCAUCAUCUCAUCUCACAGCCAGACGUCCACUGCCAACUAUUCGUCACUCGUUAUCAGACAGACGAGCACUCGUUGGAGGUCGAAUUUCAGUAGCAUCGAUUGAUGCGUGCUACACGUGCGAGUUGGCUGUCGACGUUAACAAGCAGGCCUGCGAAUUCUUCAAGAAACCGGAGGGCGUGGCCGUAGCCCGCUACGCGUUCACACCCUGUUGCGAGGACGACGUCGGUCUGACGCCGGGAGAGUGGCUACUGUUGUUGAAUACUCACGAUCCCGACUGGGCGUGGGUUAGAAAGAAGAACGACAGUGAAGGAUUCGUGCCUAAAGCUUACAUAUCAGUGCUCGGUAAUUGGACGGAGACGAAGGGGAGAAGGAUGAGGAGGCAUCACACUGACAGCACCACAACGCCCAUGCUCGUCGAAUGGAGCUAUGAAGCGCUCCACGAGUCUACCGUCUCGAUCAAACGAGGAGAAGUCGUUUAUGCGGACGUCUAUUCGAAGACGAGCAACGGAUGGCUGUGGAUACACGUGCCGAGAACGGGAGAGGACGGAUUCAUACCGGCGACGUUUGUAAGGCCACUUAUAACUAACGUGUAGCGCUAACUUCCUAAUGUUAGCCAUACUGUGCAAUAGAAAGUGUUUAUAGAGAUAGAAAACGAUGAUGUAAUUAACAAUACCA